AUAAAAUCAUUCAAAAUCUUGCCAUAAUAAAUGGAUUCUACUUUGCAUUUAUUGAUGAUAAAUUAUGUUGUGACACUUUUGUGCAUACUCAGUUGUUCAUAUCUCUUCUUCAAAUUCAUUAUUAGUUGGUGCUCCAAGAAUUCCAGUAAAGGAGGCCUCAAACUACCCCCCGGCCCACCCAAAUGGCCCGUAUUUGGCAACCUUCUUCAAGUUGGGCCACUGCCGCACAGAGAUUUAGCGGCCCUAUGUGAGAAAUAUGGCCCCCUAGUCUAUCUCCGGUUGGGCCGUGUCGACGCCAUAACGACCAACGAUCCCGACAUCAUACGUGAGAUUCUACGGCAACAAGACGAUGUCUUCGCCUCACGACCACGAACCUUAGCAGCAGAGCACCUUGCCUACGGUUGCGGCGACGUUGCACUAGCCCCUCUCGGCCAAUGGAAACGAUUACGACGAAUUUGCAUGGAACAUUUGCUGACUACCAAAAGGCUCGAGUCGUUCGCGGGCCACCGGUCUGAUGAGGCCCAACAUCUGGUAAGGAAUAUAUGGGCCUCAGCCCAAUAUGGAAAAGAGGUGAAUUUGAGACAAGUAUUAGGUGCGUUCUCUAUGAACAAUGUGACUAGAAUGCUACUGGGGAAGCAAUACUUUGGGGUUGGAUCGGACGGCCCACAAGAGGCCAUGGACUUCAUGCACAUAACGCAUGAGCUCUUUUGGCUUCUGGGCCUAAUUUAUUUGGGUGAUUAUUUGCCCAUUUGGAGGUGGGUCGACCCGUUUGGGUGUGAGAAGAAAAUGAGACAAGUCGAGAAAAGAGUCGACGAAUUUCAUACCAAAAUUAUCGAACAACAUAGGGCAAAUAAAGAAAAUCAAGACAAUGGUCAUAUGGAUUUCGUUGAUGUCUUGUUGUCCUUGCCCGGUGAAGAUGGAAAAGAGCACAUGGAUGAUCUAGAGAUCAAAGCACUCAUUCAGGAUAUGAUAGCUGCAGCCACCGACACUUCCGCAGUUACAAAUGAGUGGGCCAUGGCGGAAGUAAUCAAACAUCCACAUGUCCUCAAACGAGCCCAACAAGAACUCGACUCAGUCGUCGGCCCAAACCGGAUGGUCCAAGAACCCGACUUGGCCCAUUUAAACUACCUACGCUGCAUAGUCCGAGAAACAUUCCGGAUGCACCCGGCCGGCCCGUUUCUGAUCCCACACGAAUCAACCCGGCCCACCACGAUCAACGGCUACUACAUCCCCGAGAGGACACGUGUCUUCAUCAACACGCACGGGUUGGGCCGCAACACCGCGAUCUGGGAUGACGUGGAGCGGUUCGAACCAGAGAGGCACUGGCCGGGUGACGGGAGCCGGGUUGAGAUCAGCCACGGAGCCGACUUCAAGAUCCUCCCAUUCAGCGCAGGGAAGAGGAAGUGCCCCGGCGCGCCGCUCGGCGUGACGUUGGUGCUGAUGGCUCUGGCGCGUCUCCUGCACGCCUUCGAUUGGAGCGCGGGCCCGCAACACAUCGAUACAACUGAGGUGUAUGGGAUGACUAUGCCUAAGGCCCGACCAUUAAUUGCCACGCCCCGCCCCAGAUUAUCACCCCAUUUGUAUCACUGACUACCAUCACCCCUUAUAAACAUAACUACACCUUUUAAAUUAUCUACAAA